CACGCCGCGGCGAUCAUGGCCGCGCGGGCAGCAGCGGCGGCGGCGGCGCGGGCGCGGGCGGGCAGCGGCGAGCGGCGGGCGCCCCCCGGGCCGCGGCCGGCGCCCGGGGCCCGGGACCUGGAGGCGGGGGCGCGCGGCGCGGCGGCGGCUCCGGGACCCAUGCUGGGGGGCGGCGGCGACGGCGGCCUGAAUAAUGUACACCACCAUCCCCUGCACCCCCGUCACGAACUGAACAUGGCCCAUAGCGCGAGCGCCGCGGCCGCCGCCGCCAGCGCCAGCAGCGCCAAGAGCGGCGGCUCCGAGGCGGCACUCAAGGAGGGUGCAAGCGCCGCCGCGCUGUCCUCCUCCUCCGCGGCGGCGGCGGCGGCGGCGUCCUCUUCCUCCUCGUCGGGCCCGGGCUCGGCCAUGGAGACGGGGCUGCUCCCCAACCACAAACUGAAAGCCGUUGGCGAGGCCCCCGCCGCGCCGCCCCACCAGCAGCACCACCACCACCACCAUGCCCACCACCACCACCACCAUGCCCACCACCUCCACCACCACCACGCACUACAGCAGCAGCUAAACCAGUUCCAGCAGCAGCAGCAGCAGCAACAGCAGCAGCAGCAGCAGCAGCAGCAGCAACAUCCCAUUUCCAACAACAACAGCCUGGGCGGCGCGGGCGGCGGCGCGCCUCAGCCCGGCCCCGACAUGGAGCAGCCGCAACAUGGAGGCGCCAAGGACAGUGCCGCGGGCAGCCAGGCCGACCCCCCGGGCCAGCCUCUGCUGAGCAAGCCGGGCGACGAGGACGACGCGCCGCCCAAGAUGGGGGAGCCGGCGGGAGGCCGCUACGAGCACCCGGGCCUGGGCGCCCUGGGCGCGCAGCAGCCGCCGGUCGCCGUGCCCGGGGGCGGCGGCGGCGGCGGCGGCCCGGCGGCCGUCUCGGAGUUUAAUAAUUACUAUGGCAGCGCUGCCCCUGCUAGCGGCGGCCCCGGCGGCCGCGCUGGGCCUUGCUUUGAUCAACAUGGCGGACAACAAAGCCCCGGGAUGGGGAUGAUGCACUCCGCCUCAGCCGCCGCGGGUGCCCCCGGCAGCAUGGACCCCCUGCAGAACUCCCACGAAGGGUACCCCAACAGCCAGUACAACCAUUAUCCGGGCUACAGCCGGCCCGGCGCGGGCGGCGGCGGCGGCGGCGGCGGCGGCGGAGGAGGAGGCAGCGGAGGAGGAGGAGGAGGAGGAGGAGGAGGAGGAGGAGGAGCAGCAGCGGCAGCGGCAGCGGCAGCGGCAGCAGCAGGAGCGGGAGCUGUGGCGGCGGCGGCCGCGGCGGCGGCAGCAGCAGCAGGAGGCGGCGGCGGCGGCUAUGGGGGCUCGUCCUCGGGGUACGGGGUGCUGAGCUCCCCCCGGCAGCAGGGCGGCGGCAUGAUGAUGGGCCCCGGGGGCGGCGGGGCCGCGAGCCUCAGCAAGGCGGCCGCCGGCGCGGCGGCGGGGGGCUUCCAGCGCUUCGCCGGGCAGAACCAGCACCCGUCGGGGGCCACCCCGACCCUCAACCAGCUGCUCACCUCGCCCAGCCCCAUGAUGCGGAGCUACGGCGGCAGCUACCCCGACUACAGCAGCCCCAGCGCGCCGCCGCCGCCGCCGUCGCAGCCCCAGUCCCAGGCGGCGGCGGCGGGGGCGGCGGCGGGCGGCCAGCAGGCGGCCGCGGGCAUGGGCUUGGGCAAGGACCUGGGCGCCCAGUACGCCGCUGCCAGCCCGGCCUGGGCGGCCGCGCAACAAAGGAGUCACCCGGCGAUGAGCCCCGGCACCCCCGGACCGACCAUGGGCAGAUCCCAGGGGAGUCCAAUGGAUCCAAUGGUGAUGAAGAGACCUCAGUUGUAUGGGAUGGGCAGUAACCCUCACUCCCAGCCGCAGCAGAGCAGCCCGUACCCAGGAGGCUCCUACGGCCCCCCAGGCGCACAGCGGUACCCCCUUGGCAUGCAGGGCCGGGCCCCAGGGGCCCUGGGAGCCAUGCAGUACCCACAGCAGCAGAUGCCACCUCAGUAUGGACAGCAAGGUGUGAGUGGCUACUGCCAACAAGGCCAACAGCCAUAUUACAACCAGCAGCCCCAGCCCCCGCACCUCCCGCCCCAGGCGCAGUAUCUGCCAUCCCAGUCCCAGCAGAGGUACCAGCCGCAGCAGGACAUGUCUCAGGAAGGCUAUGGAACUAGAUCUCAACCUCCUCUGGCCCCAGGAAAGCCCAAUCAUGAAGACUUGAAUUUAAUACAACAAGAAAGACCAUCAAGUUUACCAGACCUGUCUGGCUCCAUUGAUGACCUCCCCACGGGAACAGAAGCAACCUUGAGCUCUGCAGUCAGCGCGUCUGGGUCCACAAGCAGCCAGGGGGACCAGAGCAACCCAGCCCAGUCGCCUUUCUCUCCACAUGCAUCUCCCCAUCUCUCCAGCAUCCCUGGGGGGCCGUCGCCUUCUCCUGUUGGCUCUCCUGUAGGAAGCAACCAGUCUCGAUCUGGCCCAAUUUCUCCUGCAAGUAUUCCAGGCAGUCAGAUGCCUCCUCAGCCACCGGGCAGCCAGUCAGAAUCCAGUUCCCAUCCUGCCUUGAGCCAGUCACCAAUGCCACAGGAAAGAGGUUUUAUGACAGGCACACAAAGAAACCCUCAGAUGUCUCAGUACGGACCGCAGCAGACAGGACCGUCCAUGUCACCUCAUCCUUCUCCUGGGGGCCAGGUGCACCCUGGAAUCAGUAGCUUUCAGCAGAGCAACUCCAGUGGGACUUACGGCCCGCAGAUGAGCCAGUAUGGACCCCAAGGUAACUACUCCAGACCCCCAACGUAUAGUGGGGUGCCCAGUGCAAGCUACAGUGGCCCAGGGCCUGGUAUGGGUAUCAGUGCCAACAGCCAGAUGCAUGGACAAGGGCCAAGCCAGCCAUGUGGUGCUAUGCCCCUGGGACGGAUGCCGGCAGCUGGGAUGCAGAACAGACCGUUUCCUGGAAACAUGAGCAGCGUGACCCCUGGCUCUCCUGGCAUGUCUCAGCAGGGUGGGCCGGGCAUGGGGCCGCCGAUGCCCACCGUGAACCGGAAGGCACAGGAGGCUGCUGCAGCCGUGAUGCAGGCUGCUGCAAACUCAGCACAAAGCAGGCAAGGCAGCUUUCCUGGCAUGAACCAGAGUGGACUUGUGGCUUCCAGCUCUCCCUACAGCCAACCCAUGAACAACAGCUCUGGCCUGAUGAACACACAGGCACCGCCUUACAGCAUGACGCCCACCAUGGUGAACAGCGCCACAGCAUCUAUGGGUCUUGCAGAUAUGAUGUCUCCUGGUGAAUCCAAACUGCCCAUGCCUCUCAAAGCAGAUGGCAAAGAAGAAGGCACUCCGCAGCCCGAGAGCAAGUCGAAGGAUAGCUACAGCUCUCAGGGUAUUUCUCAGCCCCCAACCCCAGGCAACCUGCCAGUCCCUUCCCCAAUGUCCCCCAGCUCUGCUAGCAUCUCCUCCUUUCAUGGAGAUGAGAGCGAUAGCAUUAGCAGCCCAGGCUGGCCAAAGACUCCAUCAAGCCCUAAGUCCAGCUCCUCCACCACCACUGGGGAGAAGAUCACGAAGGUGUACGAGCUGGGGAGCGAGCCAGAGCGGAAGCUGUGGGUGGACCGGUACCUGACAUUCAUGGAGGAGAGGGGCUCCCCUGUCUCCAGUCUGCCCGCAGUGGGCAAGAAGCCCCUGGACCUGUUCCGGCUCUAUGUCUGUGUCAAAGAGAUUGGAGGUUUGGCCCAGGUUAAUAAAAACAAGAAGUGGCGUGAGCUGGCAACCAACCUAAAUGUUGGCACUUCAAGCAGUGCGGCAAGCUCCCUGAAAAAGCAGUAUAUUCAGUACCUGUUUGCCUUCGAGUGCAAGAUAGAGCGAGGGGAGGAGCCCCCGCCGGAAGUCUUCAGCACCGGGGACACGAAGAAGCAGCCCAAGCUCCAGCCGCCAUCUCCUGCUAACUCAGGAUCCUUGCAAGGCCCACAGACCCCCCAGUCAACUGGCAGCAAUUCCAUGGCAGAGGUUCCUGGAGACCUGAAGCCACCCACCCCAGCCUCCACCCCUCAUGGACAGAUGACCCCAAUGCAAGGUGGAAGAAGCAGUACAAUCAGUGUGCACGACCCUUUCUCAGAUGUGAGUGAUUCAUCCUUUCCAAAACGGAACUCCAUGACUCCCAAUGCCCCAUACCAGCAGGGCAUGAGCAUGCCAGACAUGAUGGGCAGGAUGCCCUAUGAACCCAACAAGGACCCCUUUGGUGGAAUGAGAAAAGUGCCUGGAAGUAGCGAACCCUUUAUGACGCAAGGCCAGAUGCCCAACAGCAGCAUGCAGGACGUGUACAGCCAAAGUCCCGCAGGGCCAGUGUCCAAUCUGGGCAUGGGCCAGCGGCAGCAGUUUCCCUAUGGGGCCAGUUAUGACCGAAGGCAUGAACCUUACGGGCAGCAGUAUCCAGGCCAAGGUCCUCCGGCAGGACAGCCACCGUAUGGAGGACACCAGCCUGGCCUGUAUCCCCAGCAGCCGAAUUACAAACGCCACAUGGAUGGCAUGUACGGGCCUCCAGCCAAGCGCCACGAGGGAGACAUGUACAACAUGCAGUAUGGCAACCAGCAGCAAGAGAUGUACAACCAGUAUGGGAGCUCUUACUCUGGCCCGGACCGGAGGCCCAUCCAGGGGCAGUACCCGUACCCUUACAACAGAGAGAGAAUGCAGGGCCCAGGCCAGAUGCAGCCCCACGGAAUCCCGCCUCAGAUGCUGGGCGGCCCCAUGCAGUCGUCCUCCAGUGAAGGGCCGCAGCAGAACAUGUGGGCCGCGCGCAACGAUAUGCCUUACCCCUACCCGAACCGGCAAGGCCCCGGCGGCCCUGCACAGGCCCCCCCUUACCCAGGCAUGGGCCGCACGGAUGACUUGAUGGUACCUGAUCAGAGGAUCAAUCACGAGAGCCAGUGGCCUUCUCACGUCAGCCAGCGCCAGCCUUACAUGUCCUCUUCGGCCUCCAUGCAGCCCAUCACACGCCCACCUCAGUCAUCCUACCAGACGCCACCGUCACUGCCAAACCACAUCUCCAGGGCGCCCAGCCCGGCUUCCUUCCAGCGCUCCCUGGAGAACCGCAUGUCUCCAAGCAAGUCUCCCUUUCUGCCCACCAUGAAGAUGCAGAAGGUCAUGCCCACAGUCCCCGCAUCCCAGGUCGCCGGGCCGCCCCCUCAGCCACCCCCAAUCAGAAGGGAGAUCACCUUUCCUCCUGGCUCAGUGGAAGCAUCGCAGCCAGUCCUGAAGCAAAGGCGAAAGAUUACCUCAAAAGAUAUUGUUACCCCUGAGGCAUGGCGUGUGAUGAUGUCCCUUAAAUCAGGGCUUUUGGCUGAAAGUACUUGGGCUCUGGACACCAUCAACAUCCUUCUCUACGAUGACAGCACGGUUGCUACUUUCAAUCUCUCCCAGUUGUCUGGAUUUCUUGAACUUUUAGUAGAGUACUUUAGAAAAUGCCUGAUUGACAUUUUUGGAAUUCUCAUGGAGUAUGAAGUGGGAGACCCCAGCCAGAAAGCACUCGAUCACAAUGCAGUGAAGAGAGAUGACAGCCAGUCCUUGGCAGACGAUUCUGGGAAAGAGGAGGAAGACGCUGAGGGUCUCGAGGAGGAGGACGAGGAGGACGAGGAGGAGGAAGAUGGUGAAAAGGUAGAGUCAGAGGUGAAGAGCAGUGCCACCCUCACAGCCCCAGAUGCCACUGCAGCCCCGAAAGAGAAGCCCAGGCAGGCCAGUAAGUUUGACAAGCUGCCAAUAAAGAUUGUCAAGAAGAACAACCUGUUCGUCGUGGACCGCUCUGAUCGCUUGGGCCGCGUGCAGGAGUUCAGCAGCGGGCUUCUGCACUGGCAGCUGGGGGGCGGCGACACCACCGAGCACAUCCAGACUCACUUUGAGAGCAAGAUGGAGAUUCCUCCUCGCAGGCGCCCAGCUCCCCCUUUAAGCUCCACAGGUAGAAAGAAAGAGCCAGAAGGCAAAGGCGAUUCUGAAGAGCAGCCAGAGAAAAGCAUCAUAGCCACCAUCGACGACGUCCUGUCUGCUCGGCCAGGGGCCUUGCCCGAAGAAGCAAACCCUGGGCCCCAGACCGAGAGCAGCAAGUUUCCUUUUGGUAUACAGCAGGCCAAAAGCCACCGGAACAUCAGACUGCUGGAGGACGAGCCCAGGAGCCGGGACGAGACUCCACUGUGCACCAUCGCACACUGGCAGGACUCGCUGGCCAAGCGCUGCAUCUGCGUGUCCAACAUCGUGCGCAGCUUGUCUUUCGUGCCUGGCAAUGACGCCGAGAUGUCCAAACAUCCGGGCUUGGUGCUGAUCCUGGGGAAGCUGAUUCUUCUUCACCAUGAGCAUCCAGAGAGGAAGCGAGCGCCGCAGACCUACGAGAAGGAGGAGGACGAGGACAAGGGGGUGGCCUGCAGCAAAGAUGAGUGGUGGUGGGACUGCCUGGAGGUCUUGCGGGACAACACACUGGUCACAUUGGCCAACAUCUCGGGGCAGCUAGACUUGUCCGCUUACACGGAAAGCAUCUGCUUGCCGAUCCUGGAUGGCUUGCUGCACUGGAUGGUGUGCCCAUCUGCGGAGGCGCAAGACCCCUUUCCCACAGUGGGACCCAACUCGGUCCUGUCGCCUCAGAGACUUGUGCUGGAGACCCUCUGUAAGCUCAGCAUCCAGGACAAUAAUGUGGACCUGAUCUUGGCCACGCCUCCAUUUAGUCGUCAGGAGAAAUUCUAUGCUACGUUAGUUAGGUACGUUGGGGAUCGCAAAAACCCAGUCUGUCGAGAGAUGUCCAUGGCGCUUUUAUCGAACCUUGCCCAGGGGGAUGCGCUAGCCGCAAGGGCAAUAGCCGUGCAGAAGGGAAGCAUUGGGAACUUGAUAAGCUUCCUGGAGGACGGGGUCACAAUGGCGCAGUACCAGCAGAGCCAGCAUAACCUCAUACACAUGCAGCCCCCGCCUCUGGAACCACCUAGCGUAGACAUGAUGUGCAGGGCGGCCAAGGCUUUGCUGGCCAUGGCCAGAGUGGACGAGAACCGCUCGGAAUUCCUUUUGCACGAGGGUCGGUUGCUGGAUAUCUCAAUAUCAGCUGUCCUGAACUCUCUGGUUGCAUCUGUCAUCUGUGAUGUACUAUUUCAGAUUGGGCAGUUAUGACAUAGUGAGAAGGCAAGCAUGUGUGAGUGAAGAUUAGAGCGUCACAUAUAACUGGCUGUUUUCUGUUCUUGUUUAUCCAGCGUAGGAAGAAGGAAAAGAAAAUCUUUGCUCCUCUGCCCCAUUCACUAUUUACCAAUUGGGAAUUAAAUAAUUAAUUUGAACAGUUAUGAAAUUAAUAUUUGCUGUCUGUGUGUAUAAGUACAUCCUUUGGGGUUUUUUAUUUCUUUUUUUUUUUUUUUUAACCAAAGUUGCUGUCUCGUGCAUUCAAAGGUCAUGUUUUGUUUUUCACAGAUUCUCUUUUUAAUGUUCUUUUUUCCAUGUCGUAUUGCAUUUUUUGGGAAGCAAAUUGACUUUAAAGAAAAAAGUUUUGGCAAAAAAUGCUAAGAUGGGAAAAUUUCACCACACUGAGUCAAAAAGGUGAAAAAUUAUCAGUUUCCUAUGUGUUUUAUUCUUCCAAGAAUGAAAAAACUGCAUCCCAUCACCCAAAGCUCUGUGCAAUAGAAACUUCUAGAGAUAUAGGUAUAGGGGCUCAAGGAGGUGUGUCAGUCAGUAGUCAGAACUAUGAAUGAUACUGGUUUCUCCACGGGAAGAUGGUUACAUUAGGCUAGGAGCAAAAACAACGUCUUUUAAGUUAGGAUUGAAAAUACAUACCUGAUAGUGAUCAACGAAAUUGCUUCCUCACCACUACGCCGUGUCUGCUGUCUGUCGUUUGGCCCCCACAUGACAGUUCUUCACGAUUCCUUUAAUCAUUUUUUAAAUAUUUUUUUUACUGCCUAUGGGCUGUGAUGUAUAUAGAAGUUGUACAUUAAACAUACCCUCACUUUUUUCUUUUCUUUUUGUUUUUUUUUUGUUUUGG